CUAAUAACGAAACGUCCUACCCGGAAAAAAAGACAAGUCUUCUGCAAUCCGACCACACAAACAAAUAGACGAGAGUGUGACAGGCCGAUGCACGCCGGCUUUGUAAAUGUCCGCUGUUUGUAAAAGUUGUUAAAAAACUUUUUUCUACCAUGCUCGUAUUUACCAAACUCGCGUCUCUCCUCUCCGCUUCGUAGCCGUGCGGGGCGCUGGCUGUGGCGUACACUGACUCUCCACAGCGGUGAUAUGUGAUAGCAGCAGUAUGCCGUACGUGGACCGGCUGAACCGUGUUUGUGGCUUCCUGGACAUCGAGGAGAAGGAGAACAGCUGCCGCUUUCAGAGACGAUACUUCAUCCUCGACACACAGGGAAAUGCUCUGCUGUGGUAUAUGGACAACCCUCAGAACCUGCCCAGUGGAGCCAGCUUUGUUGGCAGUCUGAAACUAACCUACAUCUCUAAGGUGAGUGAAGCCACAGCAAAGCAAAAGCCCAAGACGGAGUUCUGUUUUGUCAUCAAUGCAGUUUCCCGGCGGUACUUCCUCCAAGCCAACGAUGUGACUGACAUGAGGGACUGGGUGGCUGCUCUCAACAGGGCCAGCAAGAUCACUGUUCCUAAAGCUGGGCCUGCUCCUCCGAGGUCUGAUGUGACCGCAGUGAUCAGUGACACUCAGGGGGGGAAGAAACAGAAGGCCUACAAGACUGAGAUCAUAGGCGGUGUGGUGGUGCACACUCUUAUCCAGAAUGAGAGUGAAGAGACAGAAGGAAGAGAGAGGAAGGGCAACAGGCCGGGCGUGCUGAGAUGUGGUUACUGUGUGAAACAGGGGAAUGUGAGAAAAAGCUGGAAGAGGCGGUUUUUCACGCUGGAUGACAACACAGUCAGUUACUACAAAUCUGAGAUGGAUAAGGAGCCUCUCCGAGCUAUUCCACUGAGAGACAUUCAGAAGGUCCAUGAAUGUCUCGUCAAGUCGGGGGAUCUCCUGCUGCGAGACAACCUGUUUGAGAUCAUCACCAGCUCCCGAACUUUCUACAUUCAGACAGACUCUCCAGAGGAGAUGCAUGAUUGGAUCAGGGACAUUGAGAUGAAGAUUCAGGAGUUCAGAUGUCCCCCUAAGGGAUUUUCAUUUAAACGUGCGUCUUCUCUCUACCGAAGUCACAAUGCCUCCUCUGCAUCUCGUGGUCAACAGAGUGAUGACCGCAGGCCUCCACUAGUCAAGUCCUGCUCCGUGGCGCCAGGCUGGCAGCCAUGGACGCCUGUCCCGCUGAGUGAGCCAUCCAUUAUCGACGCAGAGGAUGAUGACAGCGCUUUCAGCUCCAUACCCACCUUGCCUUCUCUUUCUUCCUCCUCCACCUCUUCCUCCACCUCCUCCUCCUCAAACUCCCUCUCUACCCCAACCCCUUGCCCCAGCGUGAAUCCCCCACCUUCGACCAGCGGACUGGGGAUCCUCACAGCAUCAGGAGACGUGGCCAGCGGGCGUCGGAGGCACCGCUCUCAGCCUCAGUCUCACACCAGCUGCAACUUCCCCUUCAGCCUGGAUGAUGAGAGCAUCCGCACCACAGACGUCUAGUUCAGUGAAGUCUGUCCAGACUCCUGUGUGGACUAAAGUGUUGGUACCUGCUUUAAAAUGAAUGUGACUGGUAAUAAUAGUAUUCCCUGCUAAUGAAGUGACACUGUGACCAUCUGCCUCAAUGCCAUGACAUGAGAUUGGGAUUGGGGCCCCCUGCUGGUUUUGUAGCUGCAUUGCAGACGAAGGAUCACCCAGCUGGAAGGAGACCAAGAGGAGCAAUGUUUGUUGUUCACAGGACUGUGAAAAGGUAUGAUGGAGUGUUUUUUAGUGCAACUUCCUCUGAAAACUUGAAUAAUCUUGUUGUUAGUUGUUCUUGCGGAUUUACAAAUUAUGGCACAUGCUUUCAAUCUGUUGCACUUGGCUCCUAUUAGACAUGUAUGACUGUCUCCGGGAUCGUGUUCUCACCCCUGCUGUAAGUAUUCACAAAGAAGUGUUGAAAGGCAUUUUAACACGUUGCUAUCCAUAUGUUUUAUAUUCAAGCUUAUGUUCACAAAACACUUUAAGAUAAUUUGGACAAAGUUAUUUUCCUUUUGAGCCGAGCAGUGUUUUUUGUUCCUUGUUUCUUCCUGAGACACACAUUAUAUGAAAAGCCUCACAUCUACUUACCUUCCUUAAUAAUUAACAAGCAUUUAUUACUACAAUGUAAUCAGGUGUCUGGGGGAAAGUAUCCUGUAGGUCUCAUAAAAAAGGUACCUGCACUCACUUGCCAACUGACUCUGUAUCUGUGUAGACAGAAGAUGGAGUCAGCAGCAGCUUGUAUGUGUUCGCACUAUGUUUUAAACUUUCUAAUCUUUUAAUACUUGGCUUAAAGAUCAAUCAUCAGGAAACUGUGACUCCUCUUUUAGCUUGUAAAGUGAUACCAUAACGGCACGGCAGUGUUUUCCAUGGUACUUGUUGUAGAAUGUACUUCCAAUAUCAAAGUACGGCUGGUCAACUGGUUGACAGCUUUGUAAAUGUGAUUUUCUUAUUGCAGCAUUACGUGGUUAGAAUGUGCCACUACUUUUGGUAAUUUAAUUGAAAUUCCGCACUUUGCUUUUCUCAUUUUUACUUGUGUUUUUAAGAUUUUUGUCACAGCUUUCACAGCAGUUAUCUUAGCUUCCUCUGAGACGAUGCCUCAGAUACUUUGUGUUGUUACACCGGCAGUCGCAGCCCUUCUCAGGUUCACCUCAAGACUUUAUUGAUGUGGUACCAUGUUCCAUUCCUCUUUCCGUUUUCUGAAUUUGUGUGUACUUGUCUGCCUGCGUAUAUUGUUAAUUUUCCUUCCUGUACAUUAAAUGAUGCUUUGUA